AGUUUGAUGCUGGCCAAGGCCAAGGAGGAGUGGGAUCAGGAGAUUGUGGACAAGCAGGCAGAGAAGGAGAGGUACCUGUCUGAGAGGGUGACCCCACUGCACACCAGCGGGCUCUCCCUGAGCCAGCUCCAGGACCUGUGCAGGGAGCUGCACGAGAAGGUGGAAAUUGUGGAUGAGGAGAGAUACGACAUUGAAGCAAAAUGCAACCAUAACACCCGGGAGAUUAAAGAUCUGAAAAUCAAAGUCCUCGAUCUCCGGGGCAAGUUCAAGCGGCCUCCCCUGCGCCGGGUCCGCGUCUCGGCCGACGCCAUGCUCAGGGCUCUGCUGGGCUCCAAGCACAAGGUGUCCAUGGACCUCAGGGCCAACCUGAAGUCUGUCAAGAAGGAGGACACGGAGAAGGAGCGCCCUGUGGAAGUGGGAGACUGGCGCAAGAAUGUGGAGGCCAUGUCGGGCAUGGAGGGCAGGAAGAAGAUGUUCGACGCUGCCAAGUCCCCCACGGGGCAGUGA